AUGCUGGAAAACUUCCUAGCAGAGAAGAAAACCAUUUCUGCCAAUGGCUGCAUUACCCAAAUGUUCUUUAUUAUUUUGUCAUUUGAUGCUGAAAUUUUCACUCUUGCAGCUAUAGCUUAUGACCGAUAUGCUGCCAUAUAUGACCCACUGCAUUAUAUGGAAACAAUGAAGAAACGACUCUGCCAACAGCUAGUGAUGGGUGCAUGGAUCAUUGGAUUUAUAGAUGUUCUGGUAAAUACUAUUCCUCUGCUAAAAUUGCAUUUCACCUGUGAGCUCCCUUCACUCUUGGUCUUGUCCUGCACUGAGACCUUCAGCAAUGAAGUAGUGCUCCUUUCCUCCAUUGCAAUAUUUGGAUCCGGCUCCUUCUUGCUCACACUGGUUUCCUACAUUCACAUAAUUGCCACCAUCUUGAGAAUACAUUCCAUGGAGGGCAGGCGUAAAGCCUUCUCCACCUGCAGCUCCCACCUUCUCAUUGUCAUUUUAUACUUUGGGACAGGUUCCUUUCAAUAUGUGAGACCCAGCUCAGUCUCCUCCAAGGGUCUGGAUAUGCUGAUGUCCAUCCAGUACAGCAUCUUGACCCCCAUGUUAAACCUCAUCAUCUACAGCCUGAAAAACAAGGAGGUGAAAAGAGCCAUGGUGAAUAUGUUGAAAAAAGCAUAUGUUGCUCAUGUAACAUAA